UAAUUGAAGAAAUCUCACCAAAAUUCAAGAUUAAACCUAAUUUUGAAAAUGUUAGAUAAGCACAACAUCAACAAACUUUACUGCAACCUAAACAUGCAGGGCGGGGGGCCUGAUAAAUUGAGAAACACUACUUUACUCUGUUCUUCCCCAGUCUUCCCUGGCCUGACUCUUUUCCAUGUGCAGAUCAUGCCCAGUUCCCUUACAUUUUUUUGGAACCACCUGAGGGUGAUACAAAUAGACAGCAGGCUGCAUUCAUUGAUAGAUCAAUGAAUUUAUGUUAUUGGAUGAGCAAAGAAGGUACUUUCAAAAAAGAGCAAACAGCCGCAACCUUCAUUUCACCAUUGUACUGAGAGUAGAGUUGAAGUGGGUCGGGCUUCUGGUCAGGAUGCCUCCUGAUCGCCACCUGGUGAGGUGCUCCGGGCUCGUCCCACUGGGAGGAGGCCCUGACGAAGACCCAGGAUACGUUGGAGGGACGAUGUCUCUCAGCUGGCCUGGGAACGCCUUGGGAUUCCUCUGGAGGAGCUGGAACAAGUGGCUGGGGAGAGGGAAGUCUGGACCUCCCUGCUUUGACAGCUAACCCCUGUGACCCGAACCCAGAUAACCGUAAAAGAUGGAUGGAGGAGAGUUUGAGAAUUCUGUUGUAGAUGGUCGUGGUUGUGAAUAGGAAAGAGCUCCUGUAGCAGUCUGUAUUACAGAAAAUUUGAAGAAACCUCUAACUGAAGACACUCUUUUUUUGUCCAUAAUUUUCUUGAUUUUAUGUAAAAUCCAUCUCUAGAGGUUCCACAGUCCCCAGAACAGAUCCAGAACAGAACCAGCCUUCUUUAUCAGGUUGUUGAACCCUUUUAUGUCCCUGGCUCUGAUACUGCUGCCCCAACACAUGACAGCAGAAAAGAUGAAGCCCUCAACAGCAGACUUAUAGAAGAUCUACAUCACAGGUGUCAAACUCCAGUCCUCAAGGGUCACUGUCCUGCAGGUUUUAGAUGAGCCGCAGGUACAAAACACUGGAAUGAAAUGGCUUAAUGACCUCCUCCUUGUGUAGAUCAGUUCUCCAGAACCUUAAUGACCUGAUUAUUCUAUUCAGGUGCUGCAGCAGAGGCACAUCUAAAAGUUGCAGGACAACUUGAUUACUGGAGUUAGAGACCCCUGAUCUACAUCAUCUUACUUCAAACCCUGAAGGACCUUAGAUUCCUCAAGAAGAACAGUCUGCUCUGUCAUUUCCCUGUGGACUGCUUACCUUUUUGUUUUGGCACUAACUAAUGUCAAGAACAAGAUGAUAAAAUGUUUCUGUGGUCAAAAUAUUGUAACUUUUACCUGCAAUGAUCAAAUUCUAAACCCGCUGUAGAUGAGGUUCUCUUCCCCUGGUAUACCACUUGAUGACUUCAAUAAAUUAUCUUUUGAUAUGAUAAUGAUGAGCCCUCCUUGCCAGCCGUUUACCAGGUUAGGACUUCAGGGUGAUGUUGCAGACCCCAGAUGUAAGAGCUUCCUCUUCAUCCUUGAUCUUCUUCCAAGGCUUUGCAAGCUGCCAACAUAUAUCCUGCUGGAAAAUGUCAAAGGUUUUGAGAGCUCCUCAGCCAGGGACUAUUUGACAAAAACCCUGAGUGGCUGUGGCUACACUUACCAGGAAAUCAUGAUCUCCCCGACAAAUGUGGGGGUUCCAAAUUCACGACUGCGUUAUUUCCUGGUUGCUAAAAUGUCUGCAGAAAAUUCGAGCAUCCAGACAAGUGCCAAGGGAGAAGCUGGAGGUGUCACUCAAUGGUCCUCAGUUUCUUCUCCAAGUGAGAUGAUGUCAUCAAACUACCAUACCAAUGGUUGUUCCUUUUCCCAUGUGAUGGACAGUGAGUUUCCUGAACGGUCCUCUGUCUUGAGAUCUAAAUGUCAGAAUACUGACCGGCCAUCGGAAGACAACCCCAAUGUUCAUGUCUUGUAUAAACGCGAGACUCAAAUGGAUUCCCAAAAGAAGACUGAUCAGAACAAAAACCUAUCUGUUCAACAAAUACAAGACUACUUGGAACCUCAGAUGAAUAUAGACAUGGGACUUUAUCUCCUUAAACCUAAAACCUUGUUGCGGUAUGGCUCAAUUUUGGAUAUUGUUCAGCCCCACAGCCGGAGGUCUGUCUGCUUCACUAAAGGUUAUGGAAGGUAUGUGGAAGGAACUGGAUCAGUUCUACAGUGCUGCAUGGAAAAUGAGAUUAGUAGUGUGUUUACCAAUCUGGACCAGUUGACUGAAGAGGAGAAGCUCCAGAAAAUGUUAAAAUUAAGUCUACGUUAUUUUACUCCGAGAGAAGUAGCCAACCUGAUGGGCUUCCCUCAGAGUUUCUCUUUUCCAGAGGAUAUCUCAAUCAUCCAGCAGUACAGAGUUUUGGGAAACAGUCUCAAUGUUGUGGUUGUGUCCAGACUUCUACAGCUGAUGACAUCUGAGCAUUUUGGACAUUCUGAAGGAGAAGAGCAGUUCUCUGUCUUGGAAAAUGAGUAUCUGUGCUCUUAAUUCUGUCGCUGUGGAUGAAGAGUUGUGGAUAUAAAUGUUGAUCAAACAUCAUGAAAUAGAAUUUAUUUACAGAGCGCACGCAACCCUUUUAUGGCAUCAGCGAAGUACCAUUGACAAAACCCCUACUUAUUAUAUUCUUAUGUACUGUAGUCACACAGCUUUCUCUCAUUCUGUUUGCAAUACAUUUAGUUUUUUAACUGAUGCAAGCAAAGAAAAUCUCUCCGUCCAGAUAAGCAGAAGACACUGAAAUUGUCAUCACAUUGUUAUACCAUAAAUAUUAGCUGCAUUGCAAGGCAGCGAAACUUAGCUAGCUUUUCUUUGCUACCCUUUCUAUUUAUAAUGAAUCAUUAAGCUCUUCAUUUCAUGCUAAUAAGUAUAGGGUCAGGUUAAUCUUGCCUGAUAUAAAAUAAAUGGGUAGAUGCUGCUGCAUUGUUGCAGUUUAUUCAACUACACAAAGCAGUAGAGGAUAUGUGGCUGUUAUGUCAGUGUGUCUUAAAAUCUGCUUUCAAAGUUGGCUGUUAUUUUACUUUUUUAAAAUUUUUCUCUUAUGUACAAAUCCAUAUUUUGUCAUUUUCAACCAAAAGUGUCAGUGUAUUGUUUUCUGGGUUUUGUGACAUAUUUGCAUAGCCAUUUAACAUCUGUGACAGCUGCAUAUGUAUUCUUCACCUUUCAUUCUGACUUCUUUAAGUAAAACCCAGUGAAACAUAUUUCAGUUUUUCUAAUAAGAAUUAGCCCUCUUGCUAAUCAGAAUCAGUUUCAUUGGUUAAGUUUGUGUGCACAAUGAAUUUGAUGUUUUCACAUGCUCAGACAUUAAGUAUAGAUAUGCAAACAUUUGUGUAGCUAAAAUAAAGAUAGAAGAUGUACAUAUAUAAAGAUCAAAAUAAUGA